GGUUGUUGAGGAAAUGUGGGGUAGGUUCUGCUUGCUAUGUGGUGACCAUGGUUGAUUUUGAAACAUGAAAAGGACUAAUUGAAGUGACAAAACAUAGACAUUUUGAGGUCAAUGGCUAUUGACUAUUCAUUCCAUUUCAAAGGAGAAUAAAAGCGUCACCAAUUAAAACUUGGAGCAGUGUAUAUUAUUGAUGGACUGCGAUUGAAUUGGAAUAUGGGGACUACCAUACUCUUUGUGGGGGCUGAACUUGUUUCGUCUUUCUUCUACUUUUGGCGUCAAAUUUUACUUUUCCCUGUCUUCCAUCUUAUAAUAGGCUUUCUUUCUCCAAUUUGAAAAUGAACUUACAAGCAUGUUAUGAAUUUUGAAUACCUACUAAACUACUAUCUUUCUAUUCACUAAAAUUUAGUCAAAAUCAGCUACAUAUUUUAUUUGGUUGUAAAAUUAAUCCAUAAAAAUAUAUUUAUGACUAUCCUCAAAGGAAAUACGUGUAAUAGCCCUACCUUGAUUCGUUCAAUCCGUUUAAGUUUGGACAAGUUAAAGCUCAAUUAUUUACCUUGCUCUAACAUGCCCACGUAAUGUGUUGAGAAUGCCUUUAGCUGCAGUUAGGUUGUUAAAGACAACGUUGAAACGUGGAGAGUAGUAUGCGCUAAACGAUCAACACGUCUCAUUAGCAUGAACUAGUUGCAGCUUCCCAAGACCAAAUUUCUGCCAUGGGACAAGGCGAAGAUUCGAAGACUAAAAAUGAAUCCAACGUUCAAGUUCAGGAAAGAGGGGAAAUAUUCUUCUUUUAUCGACCAAAAGUCGGCAAACAAGAAGCACAUGGCUCCGACGAUGUCCAACGUUUAUACAUAGUUCUCCGUCCAGAGUCCGGCGAGCAUUCCGUUGAAGUUAAACAAGAUCCUCAUUCCGGCAAGGAAGGUGAAGAACUUGGUUCUCACAUGGAACCCAACCGUGAUAUUUCUUCCGAUAAGGAACAUUCUGGCGGUGAGGGAGGAUAUGGGACAGAAGAAGUUAAUAUUGAAAAGGAGCCUUUGCUCCGGUUAAUUGUAAUGGGUCGGAAAAGUCUCCCGGAUCCUAGCAAGAAAACAGGGCAUCGUCCAUAUUGGGGUUUUGUGGAAAUGGUGACUACGAAAAUCGAUGAUGUAAAAGCAGCUCUCAAAGGGGAAGAAUACGACACGGCAACUAGAGGGCACCGUGUAGUUGCUCCAGCUAGAGCUGUAGGAGAAGGAAUUUAUCGAAUUUUGAGGCAUAAUCCGAAGAAGAAAAUGCAUACCCAUUUGGUAUACAAGCUUGAAUUUCCAGCUGAGGAUGAGAAAAAUGAACCUCAGGAGGAAUUGAACAUAAAAAGAGAAGGGUCAUUUCUGAUUCAGGUUAAGAACCCGGAGCAACAUGGAAGUGGAUCGCAGUUUCGCGGGCUUCAGAAAAAGAGGAAAGCUACAUUUCCAGCACACUUGCAAGGUGAAUUUGGGCAUCUGAGGUACCAUCCGGCAGACCCACCGGAUUUUUUGAACUAUGAAGGGUGUGAAUUUCUGCUGAUAUCUGCUUCUGAUGAUAUAGAAGAAGAAUUGGGGUUGGAAUUGAAGACGGAAACUGAAGCAGAACAUGAUCCGUCCUGUUUGGAUUUAGUGAGGACUUUUGGUGAAACUGCUCCAAUUCGCGCUCUUCUUAGAGGCACUUGGGUUUGAACUUGGUUUGUAGGAUUAGUACUGAUUAUGUAGAUGUUAGUUUUAGAUGUAGAAGUGCACUCUGUAAAUCGUAAGACUUGUGUAAUUAGCAACACUUCUCUUGAUCUUUAAUUUUGUUUUGCUGUAAAUUAGGAUGUUUAACAAGUUAAUUCCACGCAAAUACUAGUCUAUCUGGCUUGA